AUUUCGGCGGCGGCCGGGGCGGGCGGGGCGCGGCGGGGCCCGGUGCUGAGCCCCGAGUCGAUGAACCCCGCCAUCCGCCGCGUGGAGUACGCGGUGCGCGGGCCCAUCGUCGUGCGCGCCCUGGAGAUCGAGCAGGAGCUGCGCAAGGGUGUCCCCAAGCCCUUCACCGAGGUGAUCAGGGCCAACAUCGGUGACGCGCACGCCAUGGGCCAGCAGCCAAUCACCUUCCUGCGCCAGGUACGCGGGGACACCGGGGACACCGGCUGUCGCGUGUCGCUGUCGCCAGGCUCGUACAGCGCCAGCCCGGGGCUGCAGCUCGUGCGCGAGGACGUGGCGCGCUACAUCGAGCGUCGCGACGGUGUCCCCGCCAGCGCCGACGACAUCUUCCUGUCCACGGGCGCCAGCGACGCCAUCGUGAACAUGCUGAAGCUGCUGGUGUGCGGCUCGGGCUCGUCCCGCACGGGGGUGCUGAUCCCGAUCCCGCAGUACCCGCUGUACUCGGCGGCGCUGGCCGAGCUGGAGGCGGCGCAGGUGAACUAUUACCUGGCCGAGGAGCGCUGCUGGGCGCUGGACGUGGCCGAGCUGCGGCGGGCGCUGGCCGAGGGCCGCCAGCGCUGCUGCCCCCGCGUGCUCUGCAUCAUCAACCCCGGCAACCCCACCGGCCAGGUGCAGAGCCGGCAGUGCAUUGAGGACGUCAUCAAGUUCGCCUACGAGGAGAAGCUCUUCCUGAUGGCCGACGAGGUGUACCAGGACAACGUGUACGCCGAGGGCUCGGCCUUCCACUCGUUCAAGAAGGUGCUGAUGGAGAUGGGGCCGCCCUACGCGGACUCGGUGGAGCUGGCCUCCUUCCACUCCAUCUCCAAGGGAUACAUGGGAGAGUUCCCAUCUGAGAAGGAGGCGGUGCUGAGCGCGCUGGCGGAGCGGGCGCGGCUGACGCAGGAGAUGUUCAACCGCACGCCCGGCAUCCGCUGCAACCCCGUGCAGGGCGCCAUGUACUCCUUCCCCCGCAUCGACCUGCCGCCCCGCGCCGUGGCCGCCGCCAAGCGGGAUGGGGUAUGGGAUACGGGGCCAGCCGUGGCUCAGAAUCCCGGCGUGUCCCGGCAGGAGAAGGAGGCGGUGCUGAGCGCGCUGGCGGAGCGGGCGCGGCUGACGCAGGAGAUGUUCAACCGCACGCCCGGCAUCCGCUGCAACCCCGUGCAGGGCGCCAUGUACUCCUUCCCCCGCAUCGACCUGCCGCCCCGCGCCGUGGCCGCCGCCAAGGAGAAGAAGCAGGCCCCGGACAUGUUCUUCUGCAUGCGGCUCCUGGAGGAAACCGGGAUCUGCGUCGUCCCCGGGAGCGGCUUCGGACAGAAGGAAGGCACCUACCACUUCCGCAUGACCAUCCUGCCGCCCACGGAGAAGCUGCGGCUGCUCCUGGAGAAGCUCAGCGCCUUCUACAGCGACUUCGUGCGGGAGUUCUCCUGACGGCGAGGCCACGCCCCCUGCCGCCCGCGACACGCCCCCUUCGACACAAUGCCACGCCCCCUUUGUCACCUGAGCCACGCCCCCUUUGUCACCUCCUGAGCCACGCCCCCUGUGUCACCUCCCGUGUCACCUCCUUUGGGAAUUCCGGGGCGGGUCCCCAAAUAAAGGAGAGUGGUGGCA